UAUCUGAGGCAGAGGUACCGCUCCUCCACCUGAUAUAGUCGACUCCGAAUAUUUGGACGCUUUUUUGUUUUAUUUUUUUAUUUUUAAAAACCUUUCCAGCUUGUGCAGGUCCUGCCAUGGUGAGGCGUGGCAGAGAUGACGGAUGUGGAGGCUUCCUAUGAGGACUUCAUCGCUUCUCGACGGUCCGGCCGCAGGAACGCCAUCCACGACAUCCCGGCAGCCUCCGGGGCGCCGGGAACCGCAGACCUUUCGGCGAGCCUGGCGCAGGUCAACAUCAACAAACCAACUGAUGAAGGUGAAGAAGAAGCUGAGAAAACAAAGUCUUCUUUGUCAAAAGAUGACAGCCGGUGAGGAGGCAGCUGGUCGGCGAAAGGGCUGUGGAAGUUUCUAAAACUUUAAAACGGCACCCCUGAGCGCACACAAGUUGUGCUUUAUGGCUAUGAACAGACUCCAAGCCAUCUCCUGCCAUAAACACGUCAUCUCCACGGCACCCAGUAUCAUCAUCAUUUUGCAUUGAGGCGUGAUCCAAUGUCCUUAAAGGGCCUCAUUCCCGAGCUCACCAUUCCUUGAGAGGCCAAACACGCUCAGUGGACGUGAAAGGGAAGGUGAGAACGGCCUGGGGCCAUCACAGGUUACUGGGGAAGGCCUUAAAGCCCAUCCAGGAUUGACAAAUCCUGCCCCCCUUUAAGCACUACACCACUGCAGUUUGGAGGAUUCCAAGGUUGUGAUUAGGUUUUACCACGUUUCUCCUCUGUUCUUUUGGAGAAACCCCAGAACUGACUAGCUGUCCCCCCGCAUUUUGUUGCCAGAGCACAUUAUCUAGUCCAGCUCUUUAUCUUAAAUUCAUUUUUAGUAUUAUAUUUUUAAAUGAUGCUAAUUGUAGCUUUUAGUACAUUCAUAGGUUCCCCACUGUAUCGGGAUAAAUCCAAAAUGACACACUGCCAUUUAGCAUUUAUUUACAAACUAAUCUUAGAUAUGAUACAGUUGUAAGAAUGAUGUGGAAUACUGACUGCUUGCAAGUUCACGAGUGUACUAUCGUGUCUAAUCUGCACAUAUUCUAUCCAGUGUUUCUGUUAAAGAUUAGUAUUAAUUGUUCAGUUUCUCAGCAGAAAUAACUGCCCUAGGAUGUACUGGAGCUACAUUCUCCAAAAACCUUUACUAAUACACGGUGCACAUACAAUACUUUUCUGAGUUGAAUUUAUGCUUGGCAACAUUUUAAAGAAAUAAAUGGAUUUUCGUAUUCAGUCUAAAUUAAACAGCAUGAAGAUGUGAAGACUAGUUUACGACCAGGUUCUAUUUUGCAUAUUGGUAUUUGUCUUUAUUUUUAUGGACGUUUACCGUCUAAAAAAAUGUUUUUCUAUAGUUUGGACGAUCAAAUAAAGCUGAUUGAAACAAUAAAAUAGAAUUAAUUUUUAAAAAUUGUAUUAUAAUAUAUAUAUAUUAAUAGGGUGCAGAUAAUUUCAGUUAAAGUUUAUUUUGUCUCCUUUUGCCCCCCAAGGAACAGUAACGUGAUCUGUUUUGACAAGGUCAAUGUCUCCCAUUAGUGGUCACAUGUUGCUACUACAAUAGAUUGUCGUAGACGUCUAUGAACCUGCACGCAUGUUUUGGGAAUGCUGGAGAAAAUCCACGCAAGCGCGGGGAGGACAUGCACACUCCGCACAGGAAGGCCGAAGCCCGGAUUUGAACUCCCACCCUCGGAAGUGUGAGCCUGAUGUGCUGACCGCUGUGGCCUCUUCACGCCGCCUUCCAGUGGCUAAUGGUAAAGUCAGCCCAUCUACUUCCUGAAGCGCUUGAAGAGCGGAUGGAUGCCCUUGCCCAGAGACGAUGCUUUGCUUUUGCCCUGAUAUUCCAUGUAGACUGUGUCAUCAGCACCAGACAUGGAGCUCAUGGUCCCUGUUCGCCGUGAAAACUGUUCGGGAAAUAGAAAGGAGAUAAAAACAGUAAAAAAUGCAGCAAUCUGUCAGCUUUAUCAUGUAUGUAAGGUUAUGGCGGCACCCACCUGUGGCCUGGUGCCCACCUCCCCUGCCACAGUUUCCUCCUCAGCAUCCAGAUCAGAUGCAGCCAGAACCUUUUGGAGGAGCUGUUGCUGAUCCUCUCUGGUGGAGAACAUCAAAUCUUCUUCCUCCAUUCCUGCCAACUGUGUGAUCACCUAAGAAACGUACAUGGCUUUUACAUGAGAAAUGACUAUUUUACAUAACAUUUGGAUUUCCAAUGUGGAGGAAUCUAUCCAUCUGCGCCAUCAUCUUAUUUGUUCUCUCCAAACUGUAUAGAACUGACUUAAACAUUAAUUCAUGCUCUUUACAUUCUUUGUUUUUGUUUUUUUAAAUUCUUGUAUAUUACAAUACAGUACGUUAAAUUCACAAGUCAAGGUACUACGGACUGAAUAUUGUCAGGACAAAGAACCAUAAGCAGUGUCCAUGUGUCCAACAGUUAAGAUAUACCUUAAAGCUGUAGCCCUGGUCCACUAGAAACCUCUGUCUCUUGGUGGAGUAUGCCAUCUCCUGGGUGUCUUGGGACACCAGCGAAUAAAAGAAUGCGUUGUACUCCUCUGCGACCAUUCCU